AUGGCGAGAAUAUUGUUGUUAGUGAUAUUGGUGACUGUUGCGGCGGAAGCUGCGCAUAAGCAUCAUCCAAAGUUCCCUAAAUCAAAUGAAGAAUAUGUUGUUCCAGAAAUUAGGAAAGUUGCCUGUUCAUCAGAGAGCGAGAGGUUACGGAGUGAUAUAAUAGAAAAAUCAAAAUGCGGCCUUCCCAAGGACAUUUUUAUAGACCUGAAACCGCAAGCCGCACACCAGCAGAUAAGCCCCGGUGCCGUUUGGGUGAAAAGAUGCGUCGGGCUCUGCGACUAUGACACUUAUGGCUCUAAGUGCAUCCCAUUGAAGAAAACCAUCACUCAUAUACCUGUACGCAUAUACAAUGUGAAAACGAAUAAAGAGGCGUGUUCAACGUACGCGGUGGAAGAGCACCUCGAGUGCGGGUGCUGCCCGGGCACGCCGCAGUCGUGCCAGUCCCCAAGAGUAUAUGACCCUCGUAAGUGCACCUGUCGAUGUCCCAACAGAAAGGAAAAGAGGAAUUGUCGCAGCAAGCCGAACCAGAUUAUGAGGUGGAAUCCGUCUAAAUGCAGGUGUGAAGUCAAACCUAAGCGUCUCGUAACAAAAGUUGAAGUUUCUUCUGAAGUCAAUUUGAUUCAUCAUUUUAAUGAUAUCUUUGUUUGAUCAAACAAAACAUCCCAAUGGGUCAGGUAGAGCCUGUUUCAGAAGCCAUCUUGCCAGUGCAGGGAGUAGAAAAUAUUCAUGUAACUAGUACAAAAGUUACUUUGGAUAAACAGUGUUGUGAAAGAACAGUGAACAUUCGACUGAUUUCAGUGGCUAAUAGUUUUAAGUAUUAACGAAAUUUAAGCAGUAUUAUAUUAUUUAAGUUAUUUAUUUAGUUUAAGGAAAUAUGGGGCCAAAAGUGCUGUGAGUAGACUCACUAUGAACUUUGUUCCAUGAGUUUUAUGGUUUAUGUUUGUGUGUAUUUAAGAGAUUAUAGGUAUUUUGGAAUUCUUCGUCUUAAGCGCCAUUGUACGGCCGUUGAGUGUAAUUAGGCGUUUAAAAUAAUGCCUUAGGUAUUAUAAGAUAGGUAUCAAUUCCUUUUGUAUUAGAUCAUUUAGUAUUUAAUUGUAAAUUGGAGUAUUCUGACAUCGAAGUAUCAGUAUUUUAGUUAUUUCUCUAUAUUAUAAAAUGGCGUAUAUUUUACGCAAUUCCUGUUAUUUGUGAUAUAGACAUUUCCACUAGAUUAAUUUAGGAAAAUUAUAUUAGGCAAGCAUUUAAUUGUAAUUAGAUAAAAUAUUAGUGUUGCUUCUAGUCAAGUGGGAAUCAGUAAUUUUUCGUUUAAGUUUUUUGAUUUUGAAAAUUUUCCGUAACACUGAAUCGGUAGAUUUCCAUUUACUUUAUUAAGCAAAUUCCU